AUGAAUUUCUUCUUGAAUCAAUCUUCAAACACUUGUCCUUUAUCGACAUCUAUCGCGCCAAAGCAGUUUGUUCAUGGUGGAACAAGACAGCAGAGACAUUCAGCACGAAAAACAUCAUUGUCCAAGGAAGCACCUUGGCUUGUCUUUCCCCCAAAAGAACAUGAAGAAGAAGAAUCUGAGAAAACAAGCAUGUUCACUCAAUUCAUGAAGCUUGAAGAAAAAAGGUUUUAUACAUUCAACAAUGGAUCAGCAGCUAAGGAGAUGAGUAGUGGUGAGAGCUUUUGCUGUGUGAUUGGGUCUUCCCAUGGAUGGUUAGUAUGUCUAGACCAAGACUUUUUUCCUUCUCUCUUUAAUCCUUUCAAUUGUGAUCAAAUUCAACUUCCCCAAAUUGGGUCUUCUUUGGGGAUUCAAAGGAUAGGAGGGUCUAGAAGAAAAAUUGUUAGCAAAGCUGUACUAUCAUCAUCCUAUCCGUCUAAUGAGGACUAUUAUGUGGCAUUAAUCUACGGACAAUCUUCAAAGUUGGCAUUCUAUAGAAAAGGUGAGGACUCAUGGACUGCACUUGAUAGUAAGCAAGAAAUCUCUGAAAGCUAUGAAGAUAUCAUCUGCCAUGAAAAUUUGCUUUAUGUAUUGGAUGUGGAUGCUUUUCUUCAAGUGUGGGAUAUACUUCAAUGUUCUGGUCCUGUAAAGAAGAUAGAGAUCAAGCCUGAUUUGAUCAACAGAGACGAUACAUUAGGGUCUUCUGGAGCAGAUUUUUGUUUUUUUGUGACAGUAUCUUAUCUUGUGAAAUCUGCAGGGGAUUUACUGCUUGUGGUAAGGUAUAUUGGGAACUUUCUUACCAGAGUGGACAAGAAUUCGGUUCCUUCAUACAAAACCUCACAUUUUGAGGUGUUCAAGUUGCAUAUUGAGCAGCAACUGUGGAUUAAGGUAGGAUCGAUAGGUGAUCGUGCACUGUUUCUGGGUUCAAAUGAAUCAAUGUCUGUUUGUGCAAGAGAUUUCAAGAUGUUCAAUCGAGAUUCGAUUUACUUCACAGAUGAUAAUUGGGAAGACAUUGAAUCUAAUUUUUCGGGUGGAGGGCAUGAUAUGGGGAUGUUUAGCUUGGAAGACAAAAGUGUGAAUGUACCUGAUGAGUAUAAGAUGGAAAAGACGAAAGCUCCUCCAACUUGGCUUGUUCCUCAUCCUUGGAAGCAGUCUAUCGAUAGAAAAUAG